GUUCUAUUUAGUGUCAUUCGUUAGAAAGGCGUGUGAAUAGUGUCGAACGAUGCCCAAUGGGACCCCCGAGAGGGCACGGUCUUCGCUGGGCGUGAUUUUGUUUACAAAUUCGUGGGCGGCGGGAGGGUGAGGGGCAGAAGCAGCAGAAGGCGGAGCAGGCAGGAAGAAGGAGUUUCUCAUCACCUGCCGGAAAGUGUUGCUGCUAGGGUCGUCAAAACCACACAAAGAAAUCAUGUAAAAACAUUUCAUUUUAAUAUAUAAAAUAACCUUAAAAUUCAACAUAUUCAAGACACCCUUUUCAAAAUUCAACCUAAUUAAAACAAGAUGGCUAUUCAAGAUUUGCAGCGAUUCUUAGAGUCACAAGUUCCUGGGGCAUGUGUUCCUGUGGACCUAUUAAAGAUAGCACGAAGUGUCGCAGUCCGCCGGGGAAAUCCACGCAAUAUUCCACGAGGAGGAUAUGUCCACAGCCCACUCACUUUGGUGGUGGAUGGAGAAUGUUGUCUUGACAGGUUAUACGGAGGCUUCUUUUCAGAUUGGGUGUGCGGAGGACAGUGGAAUCGCAUGGUGCAAUUUCUGGCGGUGCUGAUUCAGACAGUACAGAAUAAUAAUAUUGAAUUGGCUGUGUUCUUCAAUGGUGCCCUUGAACAACAGAGACUGAGCGAGUGGGCAAAACAAGAAUGUUCUCUCCGUAAAAAUGUUAACUCGGUGCUCAAACAUGUGUCAGUGAAAGGAACCCCUCCUCCCAAAGUAUGGUGGGUUGCACCAGUUGGCCUUCGAACAUGCCUCCGUAUGGCUCUACGUCAUCUAAACAUUCAAGUGCUGUGCACUAUGGAUGACCACCACCAGGAAGUGAUAGCAUUUUGUCGUGAAAACAAUUACCAUGGCCUUAUGGCAGAGGAUGCGGAGUACAUUAUUUUUGACCCCCCAAGAUACUUUUCUUCCCAUCAGCUCAAACUUACAUACAAGGGAUCACUCGAGACCAAAGAGUUUAUUUUAGAUGAAGUUGCUCGAGGUUUAGGACUACAGCGUAACCAUUUCUGUUUAUUGGCGGCUCUGCUAGGAAACUACCUGCUCACAGAAUCUGAUUUGCGAGACUUUUAUGCAGCUUUAAUUCAAGGCUAUGAUAGACAGACGACCCCCCAAGAAGACAUAAUUCGUGCAGUAGUCAAGUUUAUUGUUAACAGGUGUGAUGUUAACAAUCUUUUAACCAUUGGAGCUCAAGUCUUUGGUUCUAUUAGUGAUCCUAGGGUUGCCAAGUUCAAGGAGUCGGUUCAGUAUUUCCUAAAUGGCACAAAAGAUGGCUUCCUUAGAUAUAAACCCUUCCCAUCAGGGAGACGAGACGGUGGUCAGCGACACCCCCCUCACCUUUAUCAGAAACCAGAUAACCAGGACUGUAAGCACUCUGAGUGCCCAAGCAAAGUGGAAGCUGCCCUUCCAAAGAGUGGAGGAAUGCUGGGCCUUCCUGUACCAGGCUUGGCUGUUGUUCCCGAGAAGGACAACAACGGGGACAAUGGUGGUGGUGGGAAUGGCAGCAGUGGGAUCUCUCUAGGGGCGCCACCGCCUCAGAUAGUGAUUGAGGUAACUGGUCCAGGCAGUCCCCAGAGCAGCAGCCGGGGGGGCAGUGGGAGUGGAUCACUGUCCCCAGAUGCUGCUCAGCUGGAACAAGCAUUGGAAUCCCGCCUAGGUGGCUUCACCAUUGUAGUGACUGGUGAAGAUGAUGAACCGCAACCUGUGAUUGAGGAUGAUGGUGGUGGUGAUGGUGAUGAUGAAGGUGGUGAUGAUGAUGGUGAUAAGUGUGAAGGUAGUGAAGUGAAUGGCAAAGGGGAAAGGUUAGCUGGAAAUCUAUACGAAGAAAAGAAAUUGGCCGGAGGGAAGGAUAGAGAAAAGAUCCCCAUCAUCUGUGUGUGUUCCAAAUCGGUUGAUGAUGAUGAUGAUGAUGAGGUGGAGGAGGAGGGUGAAGAAGAUCAGAAAGGAGACCUGACUGUAAAGGCUGCCGAUUUGGAGGAUCACGACCACGACUCAGGUAUAUUAUGUGGUGGGUGUCUUGGUUCGACUGCUUCUGGGUCACCUGGUGCAUCUCUCUUGUUGUCAUCUUCGUCCUCCUCCAGCAACAGUUCUGCUGCAUCCCCGUACCGCCUCACUCCGGAUGUGUCAUGGGCAGCUCAGGUGUAUCGCUCCAACCACACCUCCCAAUCAAGUAGCCCGGUGGAUAGCAGUCAAGAUGCUGGUCCUCAGAUAGAUCCCAAUCCAUUGCCUUUACCUCCUGUUCCUCAUGAGGUCAUGAGAACUGCAUCAGAACGUCACCAGAAAGGUCUCAUGUGUCCAUGGGUGUAUCAAGUUCUUACACAGGGUGAAGUUAAAUUUGGUGUUUGUAUGGAAGAUGAAACUGUAAGAGAACUUCCCAACGCAGUCCUAUUCUUCAGAGCAGUCCGUCAGUUUGUGUAUGCUAUAUUAUUUAAUCUUCACCACCACACAUUCAUGGCUCGGAAAGCUAAGGAAGAAGGACAAAAGGGUCUAGCAACAGAAGUGCCAGAAAUCAAGAUACGUGAGUGGGUGUACACCAAGAAUAACCCAUAUCGCACUGCUGAUGUUGUUGAUGCCACCCCCAUCAACUGGGCAGUUCCUACCGUCCAGAGGCUAUGGUUUGGGUCAGUUGUAGAUGACAAAAAGCGACGUUUAAGAGCCUUUCUGAGUUGCAUGAGAUCUGACUCUCCUCUCAUGCUUCAUACGUCUCAUGUGCCACAGCAUUUACUGAUCAUGGCCACAGUCCUUAGAUAUAUAAUGAGCAGUCCCUCUGGUCCAGUUUUAAGGAAGCAAGAGCUCGAUGCCUUUCUCGUGACUGCAUUUUCACCUGAUCUCACCAAUGCUCAUUAUUUACAAGAACUGCAGCUUCCCUUAGUGACUGGUCGAGGUGCCCAACUUGCAGCUCUCUUCAUGAUGGGGGUAGAAACAGCAUUAUUCGCAAACGAUGCCUGUGGAGCCCCUGUCCCAUGGUUGAUGUGCUGUCCAUGGUUGUAUUUUGAUGGAAAGCUUUUCCACGCAAAACUUAUCAGGGCUAAUUGUGCUAGAUCACUUUUAGAGGUGUGUGAGGGAGAAAUAGAUUUGGUAGCUAAGGUGGAGCGUUGUCGGCAGGCAGUUUUAGAAGGUCUGCGAGUUGAAUUUGCUCAUCCUCUUCUUCCCCAAAUGCCAGGGGGAGUUAAUAAUCACAAAAUGAAUCCUCAUCCUCCUUACCCACCAGGAUUUGCUCAACAUAAUGGUCAAGGAAGAGGACAGGGAGCCCCACGCACACUACAUCAAGGUAAUGGUAUGAGGAGGAUGUUUUCACGAGGGGGCCAGUUGCAGGUUGCUGGUGUGGUAGUAGGUUCUUGGGGUCCAAACUACGGGUCAUCUGGUAGACCCAGAGGAGCCAGGUAUCCGUAUGGUAGUGGUGUGAGGGAAGGUGGUGGAGGCAGCAUGGUGGGCCGUGGACAACCAAGAUUUGCUCGUAGCACCCGAGGCCGACCCACUGUAUUGGCUAAGCGUCGGACAAUCAAGAAACGAGACGUUCGUCCCAUUCGUGGUCGUGGCAUGGAUAACCCAAGCAAUAGUCGAUCAAUGGGUGUGAGAGAUUUCAAUGGCAUGCCUGAUGGUGGUUACAAUGAUCAUACUCCAAUGAGGCGAGAUGUUGAAGGUCUUAGCCCAUACCCUCCUCAUGCACCACAAAGUCACUCCUCGAGUGGGCUCAAGAGCCCAGACUCAGGUGUUAAUGUAUCUAUUCUUGAGUAAAGACAGGUGUGUUCUUUUACCUAGAGAGCAAACCAUGUUAGACCUCAUGAUAUAGUCUUCAGUAAACAGCUCACAGAGAAACAUAGUGUAGAUACAGCUUGUAUGUCUUGGGUACACCUCACCUGUGAUCAUGCAAACAAUGGGUGGAAACGUUGGUUGGUUUUGAAGGGUCUUUUAAGGAGAAUGUAGGUUAAAACUCUGGAUUGAAGUAUGUGCGCAAAGUUAUCUCCAAAGGUAGGCGAGAAACUAUAUUUCUACUCUUGUUACCUGAUUAGGGUUAAGCCUAGUAGCAAUGGUGCCAGAUUUGCUAGACCUCCGUAUUUGGAGUGUUGGUUUUCUUCUUAUGGGAAUCCAUUUAAAGUGUUUCUGGUUUAAUUGCCAUAUUUUCUCAGGUUACAAUCUUCCUUGUGGUUCUGUUAUCUUUCAGGUCUAUGUAAUCCCUAAAGAUGAGCCUACCUAUUUGAGAUAAGCAACUCUGCUGUAUGGUAUGGAAAUUUCAGAAUGAAAAUUGCUGUACACUUAUUAUUCAAGAAAAUAGAGUAGGUGCAAGUUUAUAUAGUUUACUGAAGACUGUAUUAUAAGGUUUUGGGGUCACAUUUUAUAUUACAAUCAGUUAAGUGCAGUUGGUAAAGGCAUUGAUAUAUACAGUAACUGUUGAAUUUAAUGAAAUAAAAAGCUUCAUUAUGAGGUAAUGACUCAGAUUAUGUUGUAGUGUGUGUGUCAUUGAUUUGGUCAUUUUUAGUCUAUGUAUAUUGUCUUUUGAGAAGGUUGGUAUGGCACAGAUGGACAUAAAUCCACCUUGAAAUUGCACUAGUGCUGUUAUAAAUGUGCCUGAAUUCCUCUGCACUGUUACCACUGCCAUUACCAUCAACACUAACUGCCCCAUAAUGCCAAUGGAUAAAACAAUGUUACCACCUACUACAUCAGUGGCCAUUCAUUUAAAAGCAAGUACGUACUUCAAAAGUCAUUCUUGGGCAUCACUGUUGGGUGGUAAAGGUUCAAAAAUACCGAAGAGACUAGCAUACAGAAUUGCCUGAAUCACCUAGCUUUGUGAUAUAAGUGUUUCUUGACUAUUGUGUAAGCUUGUCAGAUUUUGAACACUGGUCCAUGAAGUAGCACAAAUGCUGUCUACAUGAAAAUUGCUUGUGUAGAGGGGUAAAGGGAUUUUUGUUUUGUUUUAUUUACAGGUUUCUUUUCUUGCAAGUGUUAGGAAAUUUAGUCAUGCCACUAUUCUAACAGAAAUGGAAAGGUUUAUAGUGUGAAGUGGGAAUCAUGGCUUUAUUCUGCUUUACUAUUAUUGUAAGUGUAGCUGGCACUUUCAUUUCCUUACCUUUUAUUUAUACAUCUGCAUUCUUAAUUUUUUAAACUUGAGUACCCAAGUGGGUACAGAACAGUUCAAGGGGCACACUAAGUAUUGUAUUUCAUUUUGGAUGGGGUAUCAAAUAUUUAAAGUGGAUGGGGUAUCAAAUAUUUAAACUACCUUGUCAUUGGAGAGAGUUCCCUUAAAGGGAAGACAUCUCAGAUUUGGUAGCAGUGAGGCUCAUGGCAUUUUCUUAGUAGAGUAAAUUGCUAAAAAGAUAGAGUAAAGCAAGCCUUAGCAAUAUGAUUGUAACCCAGUUGGCCACUAACAUUAUUUUAAAAUGCUUUUCUCAUCACUGAACCUUCCCUCAUCACUGAACCUUCAAUGCCACUACCCGACUACUAUGAGGCAUGAGACUUAUUGAAACAGCAGGUCUGUUAGAUUUUCUUUUAUUCUGUAGUACUUUUGGUACAAGGUACAGCAGUUCCAACAAAAUGCAUUUGCAAGUUUGGUUUUUAGUUUGAUUGGUAUGGUUUUAUAAAUCAUUCACUUCUUUGUGGCACUACAGCACUGUUCUUUAAAGAAGCUGUGGUGUGGCAAGAUGGUUUUGAAAAGCGAUAAGGUCUCAGGAUUUCAACCUAUAAAAUUAAGUCUAUGUAGGUUUAUAGUCUAUCAGUGUUCAUAUCACACACCAUUCAGUCAUACUGGUAAUUUUUUACCCCUCUAUACAGAGCAAUUGUGACCUGUAACCCACAGUACAUGAGAUAAAUGAAUUAUACCUGUCAGACCCGUCUGUGAUGUUAGAGAAAUUCUUUUGUGGUGUCAUUGGGGAUUAUGAUUCUUAUUGAAAAUGUACAUAAGUGUGAUAACCGCUGAUGCCAUCCUCACCGUACUCCCAGAAAGUACAAGGAGGGCAGCGGUAGAGGCCGGCAGCUCCGCCAUGACCCAUUGUUGAGCCGCCCUCUCCGCUGCUGUUAGACGCCAAGUAUAUAAGAAGAUGAAUUUUUAUUUUUAUAUGACUGUUAUAUUGUUAAAAUGGUGACGGAGACACAAAGAGACAAGUUGGAUUUUGGCAAGUUUGUGGUUGACGACUGUCGUUGAAGAUAAGUACGAGUGACACUACCAGUACCACAGACAGCCUGGCAAUGAAGUUUGAAUUGCAGAUGUUUCACUUUGGAAUAUGAUUAAUAAUAAUAUUAAACCCUAAACUGGGUGUAGCACUUCAGGAUUAUAAUGGGUAAUUUGGCCCCAAAGCCUGGAACUAAAGAAAUAUAUCUGAGGGUGACAUGGCUAAAAAGAAAGGAAAAUGGAAUUUUUUGACACUUGAAUACUACUAAACUUUGUUAUUGCCAGACUUUGCCGCAGUUUGGCUUAUAAAGGGAGCUUAAAGGCAUAUAUUACGCAUGAAUUUAAUGGUUUUAGGAUAUACAGUACAGUACUAGUACAGUAAUUCUUUAUGGGCAUUGUAUCUCUUGUAUUCAAUACUGCAUUGCUAUGUUGUAACAUGAUUAUUAUUAUACUCCUUUUCAUAUCAAUGUGGCUUAUCAGAACCCUGGUUUUCAUUACACUCCAACUUUAAAGAAAUUAUAACUAAAAAUUCAUGGCUUUAUGUUGAUGAUGGAGAUUUACAAUGUUUUCAUUGAAUAUGUUACAUAUGCUGCUGAGUGGACUCAAAGAAAAAAUGUGAAAAUCAUGACUCUGAUAAGUUAGAGGUUCAAUUCUUAGGAAACAGUUGUUUGCUAAGAUGAAAAUAUGAAAUAAACACAAUUAGUAUACUCUCGUUUAUUAUGGGCCUUGGAACCUUGAUUUCUUGUCAAAACUAGGGAGAUUUCUCCCUCAGAACAAUAUCUGGCUAGGUUUUAGGGAGCUUGAAGUAUUUUGGCCCAAGAUAAUGAUGCUGCCAAGCAUAUAUUAAAUGACUUGCAGGUAAAUGUAACUAAUAUUGGUCGUAUAUAAUCUCUGCUUCCCUUCACAGGGAAAUUGAAUUCAAUUGUUGGUUUAACUUGCAUCUGAUUAUUAUAGUUUUGUAUUACUGCAGAAAUACUAUUACUCAUAUAAACUGAAUUAGAAUCCUAUAUGACAGGGGAAAUUAGUUUUCAUAGGUUUUUGGCUAUUGUAUUGCCAUGUGUAAUGCCCAUAAUGCUUUUUUGAUUGAUGUGACAUUCUAUAAUGGAAUAUGAUAUGGAAUAUAUAUUGAUUUAUGUAGAAUUUAUCAUCCCUCCAUGGUGUGGGAUCCAAAGUUUUGUGUUACCUUGGUGCAACAUGUCUGUGUUUCAGUGAGGGGCCCCCAUGAUUGUGUAUCAACUUAGUGUCAGUUCUUGCUAAUGGGACUUAAACUUAGCCUAUCUUGCACUUUAUUAUUGCUUUAGGAAAGUUCAACUCGUGAGAGAUGCAAUUGGUAUUUGUACAUGCUGUUUGAUUCAAUAUUGCCUCCUUUCUUUGUAAAUGGUUUUCUGCCCGUUGUCAGUUGAUUUAGAUUAAUUGUUGCCUAAUUCAUCAAUGAAUUUCCAAAUUGAUUGGGCAGAUAACGAAAUGAAGUAUUAUGGCCAUAGAGCAACAGGAAAGGUCUUAAAUUUAUAUAUAUUAUUGCAAUGGGCUGAAAUGCUUCUUAUUAGCAUACACAAUGUUCUUUGAUAUUAAGAAUAGAAUUAUGGGGAUGCUUCAGUGUUUUGCAUGCAUUUGAAAAUUUGCAGCCAGAUACAUUAUAGCAUUAAGAAAAUACAGUAUACUGAUGUAAUAUAGGUAGUAAGCCAAUAUUGUACUUUUUUCUGAAGGGAUACAUGUAUAUAUCUUUGCUGUUUCAUUGCUUGAAAAUUAACUUUCAGUGAAUUAAUUGUUCUCGUAAAUGGUGUGGGUAAAAAAAAAAUUUAAGAAAUGUAUGUAGGUGACUUUGGAAUUCCAUGUAACUACAGUUUAUGCAUUUUUGUUUGAAGUUAUAAUAACUUUUGAAUAUUAUAAUGAGCAAUUGGUCAUUUGAAAAAAGGCUUUUCUUGCAUGUGUAUUUUUGAAGCUCAGAAAAUUGUUAGUCAUUUCCUAAAACAUCUGAAGUUUCCUGUGUGCUGUAUGAUGGGGAAAAUGCAGUUGUGGUUUUAAGUCUGGUAUUUUAGGCUCUUAAUUUAUAAGUAUUUAAGACUUAUUGCUCUUCUUUAAGCUGCACAGUAGCAUUUCGGAUCAAGUUUUUGAAUGGGCCCCUCCUUGAUGUUAAGCUUAAAACAUAACUUUUAACAACCGAAUUUCCGUGAGAGAAGAACAGAUGAAUUUAUAGUAUUUAAUGAAGAUUAUACCAUGUUAUAGAAUUGUAAAGUAUUAAAUUGCUAUUUAUAUUCAAAGGUUCUCAGCUAGAAAUAAUAAAGACUAUUUAACUUUUUGCAUGAGUAGUAAAUUAAAUUCAAACCUUCAUUUCAGUAUGUAUCAGGCACACAGUAUCGUAUUGCCUAUGUAGUUUACAAUAUACUAAACAUUUCCUAGCAACCAAGUUGAUCAUAGGAGAAUAUAUUCUGGGGUGGAUAAACCUUGUACAUGAGGAUGUUGAAUACUGUAGUUCAUAUAACUGCAGAAGGCUAGCUCUUAUUCAUGUUGGGUUAAUUUGCUAAGAAUGAAAUCACUGGUGGGUGUCAUCAGUGCUGCUGUUCUCCUCCCUCGGAAACUCUUCAUCAAACUAAUUGUUGUAUCAAUAUUGAAAUGUUAACCCAAGCAAGUUUGAAUCAAUGUAAUAGUAACAUUAAUUUGUGUAGCAAAAUUUAAGCCAUGUUAUAAUACUAACCUCCAAACGACACAACACAAACUUGUUGGGGGAUGUUUUGUUGUGUGAUUUCAUGUCAUAUGUAGCCUGUGCCCUAAAUUCCUUGGUCAUCUGUGAGUCUCUCUUGUGCUAAAUUCCUUUAAAAAGGUCUCAUGGAACCUAAGGCAGUAAAAUCAUACUGGUUGGGAGGGGGUUGAUUGUCAUGAUUAAAUGCAGAAUAUGAGAGUGUUCUGCUUCGCCACAGCUGACAGAUUUUGCCUCGUUCCAGCAAAGAAUCUUUGACUCAUUUGCAAAUAUUUUGAAAUUUUAAUAGUGGUUGUAAUUACCUUUUUGCAGUCAUGAUGUAGAGGUACUCACAGACUAUCAUGGAACUUGGGGUCCAUAUCAAUACCCAAAUUAGAUAUUUUGUGUGAUGAUUAGCCUGCAGCAUCAAUUUUUAAAACAGUAAUGGAAUGGUUGGAAGUGUAUCUUCUUGAACUUUAUAAUAAUGGACGUAAAGAUUUGGGACAUGUAACGUGGUAAGGCUUCUUCCUGCAAAAAUAGCAUAAAAUGAAGCAUUGUGGUAUAAAGUAUGUGUAGACAGAAUUAAAGUGGGGUAAGUAAAAGUUAGGUCUGAUUAGCGUGAAAAUAUACCUGUUUGACAUAAAGAAAUAUAAGAUGUAAAAUAAGUAAUUGUUUGGCAGCGAGAAAUUGAGAAUGGAAUUUUUGUCACUUUAGGGAAAUGCUUUUCUGGUAAUUUUCUGUAAUGAUAUGGAUAACAUGAAGGAUUUCUUUCAUUUUUAUUGCUGAGGAAGUAGAACAUUAUUCUUGGUUAUGCACGAUAUUGUCAGUGAAUUUUAGUUAUUAGGUUUUCAUUUAUUUUUUUUUUAAACACUUCAGUACUUUGGUUUACAAAAACUUUUUUUUUUUUUCUUAUCAUAUUGAGGGUUAAUUUCUCUUAAAAUCCUUCUAGCCAGGAAGCCAUAUUGGCUGUAUGCCUAAGCAGCUAUAUUUUGUCAUGGUCAGUGUUGGUUUUAGGUUUUGAUGGAGGUAGGAGAAAGGCUGCCUACGGAGUGCAUAGUCUGGUACUGAAAGUAAACGGUUGGUUGGAAA